UUUUAUUUGCCUAGGCGAGGUAGUCAAGGUAGCAGGCUUUUGUUUUGAUAUUUCUUCUCUGUCCGUGUGUCAGGCUUGUUUAGUCGUGUUUUGAUAGUUUCGAGAAGAAGAGUUAUAAUUAUUCGUCUUGAUUUUGUUUUGUUUUCUCAGUUUUUUAGCCCACUAAAUUGCACGUCCCACAAACAAAAAUUGAAAAUAGCCUCUAAAUUCAAAAAAGAAAAGAAAGAAAAGAAAAAUUCCAAAUUCCAAAGAGACCAGUUGAAGCGCACAGAAACUGCCAUGAGUUCAAUGGCAUUGUGUGGAAAAACGUUUAGGAAAUCGUCCUCCAUAGAUGAUACCAGCGACUCCAGUGAGCCAGUCUCGAGGGAGGUAAAAAGGGCAAGACCCGCUAACUUCACAUGGGACGAGGUGCAGCGUCUUAUCAAAAUCGAAGUAUCUCAUGCCAUGGAUAACUUUUAUUCCGUGCAUUCGAGCGCGCUGAACAAACUGGAGCAACUGAUUAUGGAGGACUUGAUGCCACGCCUGCAGACCGCCCGUGACAGGCCCGUCACUCGGGAGGAGCAGGAGCAACUGAUUCGUCGUGUCCUUCAAUUGCUGAACAACGUUAAGAACGUGCAUCCGCUGGUGAUCAAUGUAGGCAGAAGUCCUCAGCGGGACUCACAGAGCUCCUCCCGUCGCUCUACCUCCCCAAUGAGGCGUGUCAAGCAGAAUUUCGAAGCGGCUGUUUUUGGCGGGCGCCGACGAAGCAAAUUCACAUGUGAGCUCUCCUCGACCAGUGGACAUAGCAGCAAUAGUCCGACGAUCUCGUCAAUAAGCGGAGAUGGGCAAACGUUGGGAACGCACAAAAGACCAUUGAAAUGCAUUGCUGGGCCAUUGGAGGAGCCCAAGGAAACCAUAAGUCGCCACAGCAGCCAAAAAGCCUCUGAAAAAAGCCUGACAUCGGUGAGAGGACAUCUGACUAAGAAAAUGUUGUGCAUCUAUCGCAAUCCACACUGUGAUCCGAAUGCGUCGAAUUCGAAUAUCAAGACCAAUGAUGAUGAAUUGGUGACUGAAUGCUCUGCCCUGCCCCUGCGCAAUCGGCUCGUCAGUCUCCUCAGUCCGCGGAACUCUGCCUGGUGCAGUUCAGAGACAUCGUCGACGCGCCUGAAACGCUUGGAGGAGAUUCCGCCCGCUGAGCUACAUCGCUUGGAGCAACAAUUAUUCGAAUUGAACAUGUUGAUGCUGAAGAAGUCGCGCUUCUCUCUCCACCUGAACCGCUAUAGGCGCUGCGUUCCGCUGCGCCGCCACUGGGGUGUCCACAAUAAUGCCUAUCCGCUCUAUAAGGGUACCAAGCUGCAGCGACCAUUGUGUAGUAGUGACAACGACUCUGAGAGCUAAGGAUGGAACAAUGCUAUACAUACUUGUAUUCCCCUCAAAGAGCUCGUGAAUAGAUCCUAAGUGCGUUCAACAA